AGGGAAGGAAAGGGAAGAGCGAGGUAAGAAAUCAGAUAGCAAGCGAGCGAGUGAAUGUCAACAAUGAGUGAUCAUCCGAAGGUAACUUCUGAGGUAACAGAGGGCGUUCCUCCGAAUGCAACAACCUUGUCAUCGACAAGUGUUCCUCAUGAGUCAAUUGUCGAGUCAGAUGAGAGUGUCCAUACCGAGUCGACAAAGGGUGGUCCUUCGGAGGUCACUAAUAAGCCAACAGAGGGCGUGGUUCCUCCGGAUGUAAUUACCAAGGCUGGGGAUGAUGCAAUCCACUUGAACCGUGCUUUUGCGGGAUGGGGCUGCGACGAAGCAACAAUCGUGAAUAUUCUUGCUCGGGCAAAACCCGAGACACAUCGUACUCUAAUAAAACAGGAGUAUAAAAAUAAGUUUUCGGAAGACUUUGACGAUCGCUUGUCUAAAGAGCUUAUGUGUAGUGCUGAUCUUAAGAGAGCACUCUUACUUUGGAUGGAUGAUUCGGCAAGCCGUGACGCAAAAUUAGUGAAACAUGGUUUAAGUAAAAACCUCAAUGUCGCAAUUGAAGUAAUAUGUUCUUGUACUCCAUCCCAACUUGAAGGGCUGAAAAAGGCUUAUCGUACAAUGUUCACAACUUACCUUGAUGAGGAUAUAGAAUCUCAUACACACGACGACAAUAAAAAGUUGUUGGUCGCAUAUGCAGGUGCAAUACGCUCACAAAGCCCAGAAGUAGAUGCAGUGAUGGUAGAGAAAGAUGCCAAAGACCUCUUUAAAGAUGGGGAGUGGAGACUCGGAACUAAUGAGGAGACUUUUAUUCGCAUAUUCAGUGAAAGAAGCAGUGCUCAUUUGGCUGCGAUUAAUACUGCUUAUCGCAAAAUGUAUGUGCAUUCAUUGAAAAAGGCUGUAAAGAAGGAAACAUCUUCGAAAUUCAAGUGUGCGCUUUUGACAAUUUUACAAUGUGCUGAGAAUCGUAGAAAAUACUUUGCCAAGGCAUUGCAUAAGGCGAUGGACGGCAUUGGAACUGAUGAUGAAACACUCACUAGGAUUAUUGUGUCAAGGGCUGAAGUUGAUAUUGAGGACAUAAAGGCAGAGUACCUAAAGAAAUAUGAAAAAUCAUUGAGUGAUGAUGUUCAUGAAGAUACUUCUGGACAAUACAGAGCAUUUCUUAUCUCGCUUUUAAACCCAAUGCCUAGGGUAUAAGAAUUUUCACGAAUUGAGAUCAUGCGGUUGAGAAUGCAUCGAGAAAUUGAAAAUAAAGAGUUUUGAUGAUAAAGCCUCAUGUCCCUAGAUAAGGCAUCCAUUACGUAAUGUGUGAUAUAAGGUGUGGAUUUAGACUUCUCUCUCCCUCUCUCUCAUUUUCUUUGUUCCUAUGUGAUAUAAGGUGUGGAUUUGGACUUCUCUCUCCCUCUCUCUCAGUUUUCUUUGUUCCUGUGUGUUUGCGUUUUAGGUUGCAUGGUUGGUGAUGUCGGAUGUAAUUCAGUGGCUACAUUAUAAUUAUAUGUUGUUAUUAAUAAACUCAUUUUGGCUGUGUGAGAAAAA